UGGUUCCACCAGGGAGCCCUGGACCGAUCACUCGACACGAGUCAUACGACAGUUUAGCGUCUGACCACAGCGGGCAAGAAGACGAAGAGUGGCUUUCACAGGUCGAAAUAGUGACUCACACUGGGCCGCAUCGACGCCUGUGGAUGGGCCCACAGUUCCAGUUCAAAACGAUCCAUCCCUCAGGCCAAACUACCGUCAUCUCAUCCAGUUCCUCAGUGCUGCAGUCGCAUGGUCCGAGCGAUACCCCGCAGCCUCUUCUGGACUUUGACACAGAUGAUCUUGAUCUCAACAGUCUCAGGAUCCAGCCGGUUCGUUCAGAACCUGUUAGCAUGCCAGGCUCAUCGCGUCCAGUUUCUGACCGCAGAGGAGUUUCGACAGUGAUUGAUGCUACCUCAG